CACGCUGCAGAGUCAACCUCAGCACCAUGAUCUUCCUGGUCAUCCUUCAGGGAGCGGCGGUGGUUCUGUUCUGUGGGUGGUACGUCCAGCUCAGUCCUUGCGGAUCGACUCCAUCCAAUGGCAAAGUUCACGUCCUGUUAUUAUCGUCAUGGCGAUCUGGCUCCUCCUUUGGUCAGGUGUUCAGCCAGCACCCGUCGGUGUUCUACCUGAUGGAACCUGCUUGGCACGUGUGGACCAAACUGCAGAAACCCGGAGCACGUACACUUCGAAUGGCCGUCAGGGACCUUUUACGCAGCGUUUUCCAGUGCUUCUCUGUCAUGGAGGCCUACCUGCCGGAGCAGCACAUGGUUUCAUCACUGUUCAUGUGGAGUCACAGUCGAGCGCUGUGUUCACCUCCGGCCUGCCCCCUCACGCCGCGGAACCAGAUCAGCAACCAGACUCGCUGCCUCCAGUUGUGUGACGCCAGGACGCUGCAGGGUGUGGAAAACGCCUGCGGAACCUACAGCCGUGUGUUGAAAGAGGUUCGGUUCUUCGAGCUCGAAUCCCUCUACCCGCUCCUACAAGACCCCAACCUGGACCUCCGGAUCAUCCACUUGGUCCGAGACCCGCGGGCCGUGAUGCGGUCCAGGGAGUCGGCUAAAGCAUUCAUGAGCGACAACGCCAUCGUCCUGGAGCAGCGGAGCAUCCCGACGGCCGAGGUGCAGUACCAGGUCAUGCAGGAGAUCUGUCGCAGCCACGUUCGCAUCAACGAGCGGGCCAUCCUAAAGCCCCCCCCGUUCCUAAAGGGACGCUACAAGAUGGUCCGAUAUGAGGACCUCGCUCGGAACCCGCUGGAGGAGAUUAACUCCAUGUAUGAGUUUGUUGGUCUGGAGAUGACCAAACCCCUGGAGGACUGGAUCUACAGAGUAACCCAUGGAAAAGGUAAAGGCACCAGGAAGGAGGCCUUUAAAAUAACGUCCCGUAACGCCGCCGACGUCUCCCAGGCCUGGCGUACGAUGCUGCCCCAUGGGAAGGUCAAACGGAUUCAGGAGGUUUGUAAGGGGGCGAUGUCACUGCUCGGAUACCGGACGGUUAACAACGAAAAGGAGCAGAAGAGGCUUGACAUAGACCUUUUAGUACCACGGGAACCGUAUCAGUUCAGCUGGUUACCCGCUAAAACAGAACACCCUGGAAAAAGUUAGAACAUCAACGACAAAGACACUCCACUGGAUUGAAGUCUAUGUUUUUGUAGACGUAACUUUACAAGGGGAUGUUGCUGCCAUUAGAUGGUUCUCCAGCUGAGGGAACGCUGGCAUGAUGUUGGCGUGAAAACCGUAAAAAUGUGAUAAUACAACAGCAAAGAGGCCCGAAACACACUUCAUCUGAACACACAAGU